GCCCUCGACGAUCUAUUGCCUUGUUUAAUAACAUUGGAUUACGCAAGCGAGCAGGCGGAGACGAGUGUCGAACAUCAACACGGCGAAUUCAUUCCAUGGUAAUAGUCAACAAAUAGUCUCCCUAAGGAUAAUAAAACAAGACGACUGUAUCUGAAAACAUCAAAGUGUUAGGCGAUCCCAUCUCUUGACGUCCAGUGCUUGUAUUCCUGUAUUCCUGCUGUCAGGGUGAUGUCAAUAGCCUAUCUUGCCCGCCUCGCAAGGUGCAGUGGGCCCCAUGUUGGACGCAGCAGUCUGUCACAAAUGGCCCUGGUGUCACUCCCAUUGAAGCAGGACAGCCACCUUCAGUCCACCAUCCCUUUCAGGCAGAUUUACACCCCUUCGGGAAAGCGACACAGCAGCACACGCUUUGAUGCAGACAGCAGUGGGCGUCCCACAACCUGGGACUCGUUUGGCAUCUGGGACAAUCGCAUUGACGAGCCCAUACUGCUGCCCCCGAGCAUCCGUUACGGCAAGCCCAUUCCCAAGGUCAGUCUUUCCAAGGUGGGGUGCGCAUCGCUCAUCGGGCAACGCAAGGACAACGAAGACCGCUUCCAGCUCUCUCAAAUAACUGACAGCAUCCUCUACUUUGCUGUGUUUGACGGGCACGGCGGGUUGGAAGCAGCAGAUUUCUGUGACAAAUAUAUGGAGAAUUUUAUCAAGGACCUCGUGGCAGAUGAGGACAAUCUUGAGUUGGUGUUAACGAAAGCCUUCCUGGAAGUUGACAAAGCUCUUGCAAAGCAUUUGCACCGCUCUUCAAGUGCGCCCGGGCUGAAUGUGGGCACCACCGCCACUGUAGCGCUGCUGAGGGACGGCAUUGAGCUGGUGGUGGCCAGCGUGGGCGACAGCCGCGCCAUGCUGUGCCGCAAGGGCAAGGCGCUCAAGCUCACUGUGGACCAUACUCCUGAGAGGAAGGACGAGAAGGAGAGGAUCAAGAGGAGCGGGGGCUUCAUCACCUGGAACAGUCUGGGACAGUCCAACGUCAAUGGCAGGUUGGCCAUGACGCGAAGCAUCGGAGACUUUGACUUGAAGAACACGGGGGUCGUUGCUGAGCCAGAGACCAAGAGAAUAACGCUGUCCCACGUCCACGAUUCCUUCCUGGCGCUGACCACUGACGGCAUCAACUUCAUCAUGAACAGCCAGGAGAUCUGCAACGUCAUCAACCAGUGUCACGACCCCAAAGAGGCAGCACAGCGCAUCUCUGAGCAGGCUCUGCAGUACGGCUCAGAGGACAACAGCACCAUCAUCGUGGUGCCCUUUGGCGCCUGGGGGAAGCACACCAGUUCAGAGACAAGCUUCUCCUUCAGCCGAAGCUUUGUGUCCAGCGGCCGGUGGGCGUAGCCAUGGUGGGGGGUGGAGGGAGGGUGGGUGGAUGAAGGGGUGUGUGCAAUAAGGUCAACAACAGUACCCUUUAUGUGAAAAUCAUGUGUGUUCUGCCCAGCUCUGUGAGGUUUGUUGAACUGGUAAAUUGCACUAAAUGAUCAUUUUUUUCCCCACUGCUUUUUGGGAAAGAAAGGAGAGCAGCGUUGCCCAACCAUCACACGGCACACAACCAAACGUGCCAUGACUUAUUUAGUCAUAUGUAUGACAACAGGAGUAUAUAUAUAUAUAUACACAGGUUAAUUAUGUACCUGCUGCCAUCUAGUGGAAGAACAUAUUGUGGUUCUGCCUGUCAACAUACAUUGCUGGCGUAGAUGGCUGAUUUAUGAUAUAUUAUUUGUCGGAAAUAAUCAUUUUCAGACCUGUUAAGUUGAAAUGGGAUCCCUUCACUGUGCAUCGAAAGUUUAAGUACCACCACCAAAGGGUUAUAUUAGAAGCAGGAGUGAGGCAAUAUGACAAAAAUCAUUUUAAAGUGACAUGCAUCGUAUCAGUAUGCCAGUGGUUAUCUGCGUUUUUAUGGUAAUGGUUUUAUUUCAUUUGAACAUGCAUCAGAUUACAAUUGAAUGCAUCACAUAAUCAGUUCAAUAACCACUUUUAUGAGUUUUUACACUCAUAAAAAUGUUAACCUAAAACAUUUAAUGGUGGCAAUGAUCUGACCCCGGAAUGGAACGGAAUUCUGUACCAAUUCUAAACCAAUGUAGGAUAAGCGGUACAGAGUAUGGAUGUAUGGAUGGAUACGGGGGCAUGUAUUUUAAAUUGACCAGAAUAGAAACAGCGAGUGUAUUACGUGGAACCGUACCUUUUCCACUGUAGUUGUUGGCAGCUGGUUGUUGGCAUUUGCACUUUUUUUUCUUUCAAGGCUGUACCAACAUGUUUCAUUUUGAAAUACUUAAGAGUGUGCCUGGAUUUUACCCAGUUGUAAUUAACCUAAGUCCAAUUUGUGUGAAGAGUACUUCUUGUCGAAUACAUCGGCCCCUUGUCGGAACAGCACAUCUACUCCAGUGCACAUACAGGAGAACCUCCUGAAAACUAAAGGAUCAUCACCAAAUACUGCAUAUGUCACGAAAAGUUUUUACCUCUGUAACAGAGUUUGUCAGAGCGCCUACGCGUCAACUUGCGGUCCAUUUGCACAAAUAUUCUACAGUCCUAGAGUGUGAACACACGCCAGAAUGUUCUUUUGCUUUUUUGUUUAUCAUGGCAAGAUCGGUUCCUGCGUGAGACAUAUUCAGGGUACAGAAAUGUACAGUGUAUGUUGUGUAAAUAUAUACUAUUUAUGCAAAAAAGAAAAUUGUUAAUUGUAUGCUAAUGUUUGUGCACAGGCAUCAUGUAACAAACAAUGUUUGUUUAAAAACUGAACAAAGCACACCUCAGUAUCAUGUAUCAGUGCACUUGUUCCUUCUGCUCAUGUUAGUCUUUGUGUUUUAUGUAAAUAGAAUAUGCCAUAAAAAAAAAAAUCGACCUCAUCUGUAAAGAAACCGAACCAAGGCCGCUUGUGUGUGGAAAAAGUUAUUUUUUUCUUUGAAAUUGAAUUAUUGUUUCUGUAAACCUGGGAGAAACGUGUGGAAUGUUCACAGCAAUGCCAUGUAACAAUUAAAUCCGUGUUUCUGGAAAUGUGCAAAAA